UUUGAGCUUUCCGAGUUCAGCUCCCAAACCAUGGCGACCCCCAAGAAAGCCGUACUCCCAAAGAAAACCAAAGAAGCCAAGAAGCCGACCUCCAAGAUCACCAAACCCAGCAGCGCCAACAAGAAAGACGACAACAAAAUCAAAAAGAAAACCAGCAAUGGCACCGUUGCGGCUGUGAAAGCACCCAAUAGCUCCAAGUCCCAGAAGAACAGAGAGCAGAAUGGGGCCAAAAGUACGAAAACACUCUCCCCAAAAUCCAAGCAGAACGGAAAGCGAGUCAAGGAGGAAGAGGUGGAGGAGAAAGAAGAUGCGACGUCUUAUACUUUUCCGAUGGAAAGGGUCAAGAGGAUUAUUAAGGCUGAAGAUUCCGACUUGCGCAUUAACUACGACGCCAUUUUUCUCAUCAACAAAGCCGCCGAGUUGUUCCUGGAGAAGUUUUCAGGAGAUGCACAUAAAUGUUGUGUUAAGGAUCGCAAGAAAGCUCUUGCUUACAAGCACAUAUCUUCAGUCGUUUGCAAACAGAAGAGAUAUGAGUUUCUUUCAGAUUUUGUUCCUGAGAAAAUAAAAGCGGGGGAGGCAUUGGCAAAGAGAAAACAAUUGCAAGAAGGAACAAGCUAGGAGUUAUAGAACAUGAUAAAUGGGGAUCAGUGAGUGACUGAAAAUUAUCAAUUGUGUAUUGUAUGCAUUUGUUGUACACAUCCAGAUGCAUUAAGCUUGCAGUUUCAUAACCUUGAAUCAAGGGAUGAUUUUGGUUAAGAAAAGCAAACUUUGCUGUACUAUAGGAAAUUCGGUUUUAGGUUCAAUUAGAUGGAUCAUAGCAGAUGCUGGUAGAAGAUCAGUAAGUGGGCGAUGUGCACUCUCCAGUUUUUGUUCCUUGGGGCCAUGGUUGGUGUUUUUGGGAGACCACUGUUAGUUGUUUUUCAUGUUUGUGUAGUCCAAAUUCAGGCACAAUUUUGUGGGCAAAACCCAAUUGACUAGCCAUUGCUUUAACAUUGCAAAAUUGACCAUCUGAGUUAGCCACUUAGCCCCUUAGAGUUUGAUCUAAA